CGUGAUCCGUCUCCAUUUCUGUCGCUUCUGUGGAACACAGAUUGGGUGAAGACGAGGCUCUUUUCCUUCCGCUGAACUAAAUUGGGGAGUGAAUAGAGAGAGAGAGACAAGAAAAAGCUUUUUCCAGUCGAAAAUCACCUUUUCGAGUCGAUAAUUCUAGUGCAAUAUGGUGGCUACUUUGGAAAGUUUCGCCUAAUUUGCGUUGCAUCGCAGAGAUAACCAGUGAGAAAUCCAACUAGCCCGUAACUUUACCAGGUGUGCGCAACAUUCGGGGCAUCACCAUGGCAGUGCGUGUUUCGUUUGAAAUAGGCCAUGCAGCUAACAUGAAGGCGCGACCGACUUCUGAAGGCUACACCCAUGAUUGGGAGAUGUUCGUGCGGGGCGUGGACGGAGCCGACAUCAGUCACUACGUGGAUAAGGUCGUAUUCAAUCUACAUGACUCGUUUCCGAAACCAAAACGAGUUCUGAAAGAGCCGCCGUACGUUGUAAAAGAGCAAGGCUACGCAGGUUUCAUUCUUCCUGUCGACAUUUACUUCAAGAACAAGGGAGACGAUCCCAAGAAGAAGGUGUACAGCUAUGAUUUGGACUUGACCCAGUACAAGGCUCAAACGGAACAUUACGUAGUCAGCAAUCCGUCUGAUGAUUUCAAGAGGAAAUUACUCAAAGGUGGAGGAGUGCUACUGGGCAGUGGAUCCUCAUCUGGAGAUUAUAAAAACCGACACAGCAACAGCGGAGCGGUUGACAAGAGUGGUUCUUCACAAGAUAAGAAAUAUAAGAAAGGUUCAGGCGAUGAUUCUAAAGUGCAGAACACGUUCGCAAAUUUGUUCGGUACACCGAUUACCAAAGGUAGUAAUAAAGUUUCUCCAGACCCGAAGCAAAAUUCCUCGUCAUCCAGCAAAAUUCCGCCAAGUGGAGGCGGCAGUGGAAGUAGCAAAAGCCAGCAGGCAACGCAGAAAGGAGACCGGUCCACUUCUAGUUCUUCGUCCAAAGAUAAAGACAAGAGCGAAAAGGACAAGUCUUCGAAACAUAAACAUUCGAGUCCCAAUAAGGAAAAGGAUUCUAAAAAGUCGUCUAGUGAGGAUAAGCAUAGCAAGGAAAAGAAAGACAAAAGUCAUUCGAAGGAAAGAGACAAGGUGAAGGAGAAAACUUCAAGCUCAAGUUCAUCUGCAACGUUUCAGAAACGACCGUCGAGUCCGAAGCGAAACAAUGCGGCUAUUAUUCCACCACCAGUGUCGGCGAAUAGCCCUUCGACGAAACGACAUUUAUCACCAGCCGUCGCACCAACAUUUGUGCCACCGGUUGCCAACAGCAGUUCCAAAGCAGAAGAAAAAAGCACCAGCAAGCACAGCGGUGGCGAUAAGGAGAAAAAGAAAGAUAAAAAAGAGAAGAAAAGCUACGACAAAGACAAGGAACGUAGCGAGAAGAAGGAUCGUGAUCAGAAGAAAGAAAAGGAUCACGAAAAGAUUACGAGCACUGCUCCAAGUUUAGAUAAGCCCAAAUCGGAUUUGAUAAAACCGAGCAAAUUGGAUAUGGCUAAAAUAGAGUCGAAACUCUAUGGAAAAGAAAAGGAAAUCGUGAAGGAGCAGCCGAAACCAAUAGAGCCAUCUGGUAUGGCCGUUCCCUCUGGGCAGCAUCCCACCGGUCAACCCCAGAAUGUCUCGGAAGCCGCUAAGCGAGUUGAAAAAUCAGAUGUCAAAGAAAAAGAUAAAGAAGAACGUAAACAUAAACACAAGAAAAAAGAUAAGUCUAAAGAUAAGGAAAAAGAUCGAUCAUCCAGUAGCAAAGACAAGAAAGAAAAGAAGGAUAAAGAAAAAUCCUCCAGUAGUAAAUCCACUUUCCAGACACCACCCAUAGUUCGGGAGCCAGAAACGGUGUCACCUAUCAAACCAGCAAAAUUGACCGAUCCUGCAAAAUCAACGCAAGCAAAUGAGAGGGAAACUCAAAGUGCUGCACCUCCAAAACCAUCUCCCUUGGAACUCAUCGGAGACAACAGCAGCGACUCUGAAGUGGACAGCCCGCCGUCCAUAAUCAACGACAAAGAUUCAGAAAACUCAAACAGUAGCAUUUCAGAUCUCUUGGUAACACGUCCGCCCUCAGCCGCAACAGCCCAACAAAGUCGACAGCCAGAGCAAAGGCAUGUUCCUGAACCUCAACCCCCGCCAGUCUCUGCGGAAACGGCUAAAACAGAAAAAAGUCAUCAUAAAAAUAAAAAAGAUAAAUCCAAAGCAACUACUGUCGAUGGUGGCAAAGAGGAAAGCAAAAAGCGGAAACGUAAAAACAAAGAUCCAGAGUCAAACGACAAGGCGAAAGAUAAGAAAACUGCUGUGUCUACUGCACAACAGAGGAGCCCCUCGCCGCCGUCACCUCCACCAGCAACGCAAAUGGAACCUCCUAUGAAAAAACCCAAACGAGAUGACACCUACAAACGGGACGAAUCUCCUGUGCCAGCGAACAACAACAAUAACAACUCGAAAAUGCCUCCGCCGGAGGACACCGGAACGAGUUCAUCGUACUAUAACAACAACACGACCGCUUCAUUACCACCACCUCCACAACCACAAGGGCCGCAGCAGCAACAACAGAACAGUAGCUCAAGUGCGGCUACCAUGACCAACCUGUCCGGUGAUUACAUGUCUGAACUCAAAGAUCUCCAGCACAAAAUCAUGACCCUGCAGGACAACAACGAGCUGCAACGGGUAGUGGAGAUGAUUGCCGCUACCGGGUGCUACGAAAUCACCAGCGCCACCUUCGACUUUGAUCUGUGCGCUCUCGAUCGGCACACGGUACAGCGGCUGCAGGAGUUUUUCGCUACAUCAUGUUCCUCUUGACAGUAAAAUGGGUUUUCUGAGUAGUUGGGAAACCAACAUGAUUCCCUAUUAAAUUAGGAAUUUGAAAGUUUUAAAAGUUUACUCCUAGUCUGUACUAAUCGGUCUUUAUUUUCCUCUUCCGUUUUAUUAUGAUACUCCGUGGUUUUGUAACUCACUGUGAAUAAUUUUUAUAUUUUAUUUAUUUCCUCUUACUUAUCCGCUUAAUUACUCUAUUGGUUAAGCAUUCUUGAAUUAAAGAAACCCGUAGCAACUGUUAGUUGGCACAGUUCUCCAGCACUGAGAAGUUCUUCGCAAUUUCAUAGUGACGUACACAUACUACUAUCGCGAAAGAAAAGAUAAAGAAACGUUCUACUCAUUACAGGUGUAGCAUGUAUUAUGUGGAAAGUUUUAGAACAGAUUGUACAAAGUAAUAUUUAAUACACAAAAUUGAGAUAUGGACAAGGACGUACACUCAAAGACUGGUGUGUUAGUUUAGUGAGUGUGUGUGUAUUUGAAAAUCCAACUGGAUGUACCUUAUACUACCCCAACCCUUAGAAGAUCGAACAUAACAAAAAACAAAUGUUACGUAUCCCGAGUAUAUUUUGAAAAGAUAACAUUGACAUCGUGGCGUUGUCCACGCUUUUCAAAGGUGUUGCUGCCAUUGUACGUAAAAUUGUCCUUUUUGCAGCAAACGUUUUGGACAAGGAUAACAAUCUCCAUCACACUCAGUCGAUGAAGCCUAAAUUGAAAAUAGGUUCACUGUAAAUAUUCAAGCUAAACCGAACUAAUCACAUUAAACAAAAAGUUUGCUUAAGCAUUCAUUUGGCACAAUAAACAUUGAAAUACAUCUCGCGACGAAAAUUAAUUGGCCUAGUUGAAAUUUUUGAACUUUUAUCACCUUAUUCAGUGAUUUCGACAAACUAUUUUUUUUUUGUCAAAAUAAUUCGACCCAACCUUUGUUGUUUUAUUGUUUGUUUUCAGAAAUAAAUUAACUGUACCGUCAUUUCGAUAACCACUGAAUUUUUGAGAAAAAAACCUGCUAAAUUUCUUGACCUACUAAAUUUCUUGAUACAUGCGUUUCAUGAAGAAAAAAGUUCGGUUGAAUUAAUUUUUUUUGGCUCAACUGGUAUUGAAGAUUUGCCUAGCAGUAGUUCAAGAUUUUUUGUCUUAAUUUGAACUUGUUAUUACACAUCGGAUGCGUGAUAAUUCAGGCGAUGGACACCUCAAGCUUCAAAUGAUCUUCUAUUGCAUUAUCAUUUCCUGCAAAGGGCAUUAAAUCCUGUUUGCUAAGAAUUGGUCUCAACUCUCAUGAAAAUGUUACAGCUAUAGAAUAAAAAAAAAGUGGUAAUAUUCCCAAAUACAGCUAAGUCUAACUGAGUCAAAACCAUUAAACACAAAUAAUACAAAAGUAUACAUAAAACGCUGGUAAAUCUAUUUUACAGCAAAACAAAAAACAAAAGCUACACUUGUCAUUGUGUAAAUGUUCGUGCAACAUUAACAUACAGUAAACCAGAUUCGAAGAUACUGAUCGACGUCACGCAAUAUUUGUAUAUUUGUUGGUUACUAUAUUAUAUAUGGUAUAUAUUUAGUUUUAAGUCAGAAGUAGAAUUGUUACUAAUUACCUACAAAAACCCGCAUAAACAAACACACACCAUCCUCAGCAGAAGUGAAACAUCAAGAAGUCGUGUGAUUGCUACUAGUAAGUAUGUAUGUGUGCUACAACAACCAAGAAUUUUAUUACUUAUAUAUAACUGGUGAGAAACAACCAAAAAAUCAGAACAAACAAUAGAACAUUGGAAAUUCUAGCCAUAAGAAUUCUCAAAUUACAACCAUUGGCUGAACAACACAAAUAAAAAACAAAAUCUCUUCCCUCAGCGAAAAAAGAACUAUUUACCGCAAAAUACAGAUUUGUUUAAACACUACUCAACCAAACAACAAUAAAUGAGCACACAUGUAGUAGAGCCAUUUAGCUGAAAGCAUUAAUUCGAUCCCUCGUCGAUGUACCAUUAAGAGCGCAUCAUAGGACAAGUUCAAUGUGUUGGGUGUAGAUUCGUUCGUUGAAUUAUGUGGAAUAAACCUUGGUGGUCUUACCUCUGAACUAAAUUGGAUUAAAACAAAAACUGAAACAAGAAAUACUACACACUUCUUUGUCCCUGAUUUCUCGAUAAGUUUUUGCGCGUCAUUAAUUGAUUUAGGCGUCUUUGGACUGUAAAUCUUUUCACGAAUAAUACGACAAUGUUAAUGAAGAACAAAUAAACUGCUAAUAAAAUAUA